UUAAUUAAGGCAUUGUGUUGGUUGGUUGCAAAAUUAAGUGUGGUUUUAGCUCUUUUUUUUUUCUCUCUCUUUUUUGUGUGUGUUUUGUUGAGGGAAAAUGAGGAUUGAAUCCAACCCAUUUUUCCUGAGAAAGCAUAGGGAUGUUCUUCUCAAGCUUGCUCUCUUCUUCCUCUUCUCUGCUCUCUAUCUUCUCUUUUUCCUCUCUGAUUCUUUCAAACUUUCAUCAACUCCAGAUUCAGAUUCCACUCCCAUUUCCCAACUUCAACUUCAAUCGCCUCCAAAUGAGAGUAGAGCAGAAUGUGAUAUGUUUGUGGGAGAGUGGGUUGCAGACCCUGCAGGCCCUGCUUACACAAAUGAGAGUUGCAAUGUCAUUGAAGCUCACCAGGAUUGUCUGCGCAACGGGCGCCCCGAUUUGGGGUAUCUUUACUGGAGAUGGAGUCCCCGGGACUGCGAAUUGCCGAGGUUCGAUCCCGGGAAGUUUCUCGAUCUAAUGAGGAACAGAUCAUGGGCUUUCAUUGGUGAUUCCAUUCAACGCAACCAUGUACAAUCUUUGCUUUGCAUUCUUUCUCAGGUCGAACAGGCUGUUGAGAUCUACCAUGAUGAAGAAUACAGAUCGAAUAAAUGGCGCUUCUCAUCUCACAACUUCACGGUUUCGGUCAUCUGGGCUCCGUUCCUUACGAAAGCAGCCAUUUUCGAGGAUGUAAAUGGCGUUUCGAGUUCGGAGAUCCAGCUUCAUCUCGACGAGCUCGACGAAGAAUGGACCUCCCAGUAUGGGGAUCUUGACUAUGUAGUACUUGCUUGUGGGAAGUGGUUUCUGAAGACUGCUAUAUACUACGAGAACAACACAGUCAUGGGCUGCCAUAACUGCCUGGGAAAGAACUUGACAGACGUGGGGUUCGAGUAUGCGUAUCGGAAAGCGAUCGACCUGAUAUUUAAGUUCAUUACGGCCUCCGAUCACAAGGCGUUGGUGUUCUUCAGAACCACCACACCAGAUCACUUUGAGAAUGGAGAGUGGUUCAGUGGAGGGCAAUGCAAUAGGACAGUGCCCUUCAAGGAAGGGCAGGUUGACAUGAAAGAUGUGGACGUAGCAAUGAGGAAUAUUGAACUUGAGGAGUUUGAGAAAGUGGUUGGGUCUGGAAAGGGCAAGAGUUUGAAGCUUCUCGACACAACCCGACUUUCGCUGUUGAGACCCGACGGGCACCCGGGUCCAUACAGGCAAUUCCACCCCUUUGCAGAGGGUAGAAAUGGAGAAGUUCAGAAUGAUUGUUUACAUUGGUGUUUACCAGGUCCAAUAGACUCAUGGAAUGAUUUGGUAAUGGAAUUGUUGAUUGGUGAUGUAAAAGCUUGAGGAUUCAAUGGACAUAGAAUUGCCUUAGAAAGUGACAUUAUUGCAAAGGGUUUUGGUUUAUUGGAGGGGCUGUUUGUUCUUGUAGAGGAAAUAACAGUUUUUUUUUUCUUUUCCAUUUAUGGUUAAGAAAAAUGAAGAUGGGAUGGUUACAUGUAUGUACUAAUUAAGGAAUAAAUUCAUAUCAUUCAUCGUA